CAAUAACGCGACGCUUCCAGCCCCGACCGUGCCAGUAUCCAGGCAAACUCAAGCUGACUGUGUGGGGGUCGCGAGGAGAUACCACCAGUGCAAUAUGGCUCCAUGUCACGCUGGGGUCGCAAGUUCGUCGGAUAUGCGAGCGGAGCAGUGUUCUGCUUAUGAUCAUCGUCCUUUCCGAGGGCGGUUUUACACCUGGGUCCCAUACAUAGACGGCGAUUCUCCAUGCACCCUGAACUGCAGACCUCUUGGGAAGCACUUCUACGCUUCCCUGGCCUUGGUGGCAGAUGGGACGCCCUGCACCAGACCUGGUCUCCGAGCCAUCUGUGUCCAAGGGUCUUGUAAGGUGGUGGGUCGCGAAGCGGUGUUAGCAGGCAACACACAUGACAUGCGAUGUGGUCGUCGGCUAGUGUCUGGUCUUUUCUCCCGGCCAAGACUGCCGCUUGGCUACUCCUACGUGACCACAGUGCCGCGAGGAGCCUGCCGCCUCAACAUUACUGAGAUCAUCGCUAGCGAGAAUUAUAUUGCUCUCAAAAUCACAAACGGAUCAUACAUAAUGAACGGAGAGUUUGCCGUAAGUGCGCCAGGGACAUACGACGCGGCUGGUGCGCGGUUCAUCUAUUCUCGGGCCGCCGGGCUGGAUAUGGUAUUUGCCCAUGGACCCAUUCAUUACCCUAUUGAUAUUAUGAUACUGUACACUCAACCAAACCCUAGCAUAAAGUACGAAUACUUCACUGAGUCUCAGCCAGGUGAGCUAGAACCUGAAUCGAUUACAAGAUCACCUGACAUACCAUCAACAAUCUCCCCCAAACAUACCCGAAGACAUCACAGCCUAGACGCUUUUCCUCGACCAGUCAAUGUACCGAGGUAUAAGAACGUAAAUGUUAUGCAAGACGCGUUUUCGGCAGAGGAGCUUGAAGAAAACGUGGUUGGGGAUAGAAGGUUUAUCUGGAAGAUACUGUCGUAUACCCAAUGUUCGAGGAGUUGUGGAGGAGGAUUCCAGGUUGGCAAAUUCCGCUGCGUGGAAGCCAGCAGCACUGGUGACCGGGAAGUAGCCCCAGUGCAUUGCACAGGCUCCUCGCCCACCAGCAGACGGCGACGGUGCGGAAACGUGGCGUGCCCGCCGCGGUGGCGCGCCGCUGCCUGGUCGGCUUGUCCAUCCUGCGGGCCAGCUACGAGGACGAGGAUCGUUGGGUGUGUCCAGGAUCAUUCAAGGGGCAUUACGAAAAUAAGCGAUCAAAAAUGCCCAUCCCCAAAGCCUUCAACAACGGAACCCUGCGAGGUCCCCGACUGUCCCGACGUGCAACAAGUGGACAGACGGGUCAAACGACCUCGCGAACAUGUGGACGCGUUCCACGAGGGACCGGUGUAUUCCGUCGCCGUUAACGGGUCGGAGGAAAUUGGCCCGGAGUACAACUUCAACGCGGCCGCUAGUUGGCUGUUUACGGAAUGGUCGGAGUGUGUAGGCUGGUGUGUUGGCGGUGGCCUACAAACCCGAGGAAUACGAUGUUCGGAUCCAUCGGGUUGUACCCCUAUGAGAUCCCCCGAUGCAUCGCGAUCAUGCAGUCCGAAGAUAUCUUGUGAACCUCAGGAAGGACAUUGGUUUACUGGAGAAUGGUCUCCAUGUUCUUCCCCCUGCAAUGGGAAGCAGAUUCGCGGAGUCCUUUGCAUAGGAGGCACCGGUCGGCAUCUGAAAGACUCCGGAUGCAAGGCACCAAAACCGGCACAUGAAAGGGACUGUGAAGAUAAGUGCGCGCCUAUGUGGUAUUUUAGCGAUUGGAGUCAGUGUAUAUCCAACUGUUCGACCAACACCGGUGUCCAACGCCGGACCGUCUGGUGCGCCCGAGGCACAGGCGCGGCGCGCGAUGAAGCUUGUAUAACAGCUAGUGCAGGGGAUCGUCCUCUGGCGCAAAAAUCAUGUGUCCCACAGUGUAGCGGGAUAGUAACAGCUCCACCGGAGUUUAUAGAAUCUCAAAAGGUCGCCAGAAGUGACACCACAACAAGUACUACAACUACAACUACAACAGAACGCACUACCACCACACAGCAAUAUGAGGAAAAAGAUUGCGAAGAUAUGCUCAGCAACUGUGCUCUUGCAGUUCAGGCCCGACUCUGCCACUACAAGUAUUAUAUACAUAACUGCUGUUAUUCUUGCAAAGGACGGUAGGACAGUAAGUUAAUAUGUUAUUUUCUAUAAGUGGAGCACAUUUUCUUUCAAUUUCAAAAUGUCUUUUGUGAAGAAAAUUAAAUGAUUUGUUAAUAACCAUUUCUGCCUGUGGAGAUAUAUAGAGUAAAUGGAAUUUAAAUAUUAAAAUGUAAUAAAAUUGUUUUGUCCACAGUAGACAGAGGCAUUGGUUGGACCAUACAUGAAUUUCAUUCAUAUCAUUAUUACUAUUAUUAGCAAUGCCUGUCUAAAUAUGCUGCAUAAUGUUUUAUAAUUUAUUUAGUUAGAUACUCGUGUUUUGUAAGGGAACAAAUCGCUCGGUGUUUAAACAGGCUAUAAAUAAUGACGUAUAAAAAUAAAUAUAAAGUUAUAAUCCACAGUGAUAUUACAUGUAUUAGUAAUACAGACGUGACAUCACAGAUGCUUAAGUGGCUCAUGUUAUAAUAAUACCAAUGAAGAUCUACUAUUCGCAAUUGCAAUAAAUGCAAUCAGUAUAAUUAUUACGUUUUUUUUUAUUCAAUUACACUGACGUAUCUACUGAGAAAAUGACUAAACAUACAUGGGUAUAUCCUGAAUCAUAUAAUCUGGUUACGUAAGCGACGCUUAUAUACCUACACGAUGUAUCACGAAGAAGCUGAAAUAAUAAAUUUUUUGACAAGCAAUCUGCAAUCGAUGCCACGGCUCAAUCGGCAAAGCGCUGUAGUAUCGAUCCAGGUGCCGUUAGGUUUAGCCUCACCCAAGGCACACAUUUUACACCUUUAAAUUUAUUCUAACCCUGAAAUAUAAAACAUUCAGUUUUAGAAUAACAUACACUUUGCUAAAUUUUCGGAUCUUCGUGAAACAUAGUGUAUAAAACAUAGGUACUAUUUACAAUGUAUGUAAAUGUAUAAUAUGUGUAGGUAAAUAUAUUAAAAUGAGUAUAUUGGUGUGAUAUUUACAUUUUAUUUGAAUGUAUAAUUUUUUUAAAUAUUAAUUGUGUAGUACCUAAUUAAUAAUUAUUUAA